AUGCAGCUAGUGCCUACUGGCAACAUCCACUUCCAUCUCCGACUCAUCAUGAAAAUCGACUUCUACGGCGGCGGCGGUACGACAUCUGCACAUCAAUCUCGCCCUGGCGCCGUGUCAUCCCACGCCACGACGCUGCUUCCUGCAUCUGCAUCUGGCCGUGUCACAGCUCUACACGCAGAACGGGAGGCAAUCAAUCAUUUCAACCUCCUGCACGCAGCCUCCGACUGCCCUUUUUACUCUCAUCAUCUUCUCGGCCAUGGGGGAACAUGCCUCGUCGUCUGUGUCUGCGACCCACCAGCUUCCUGUCCAUGGCUGAUGACAUCCUGGUCACCUUCGAUGCAUCGCCUUGACUGGAGCCUCAAACUGCUUGUAUCACUUGCCUGGCUCAUUGCUCUCUUGCUCCUCGCCUGCUGCCUGUUCUACCAAGACUCCAAAGGAAUCCCAUGGCUAUGGCAGGGCACGUGCGAGGCCAUUUUCAUCAAGCUGGGUGCCGCCGCGCCGGCAUUCGCCAUCUUAUGGAUUCCGGCCGACACUUGUCCAUGGUGCGAUAUCUUCGUCCUCUACAUGCUUCCGAUGCUGGGAAUGCUAUGGCUCCAGAGACGAAGAAUAUGCACGUGGAUCCGGCGAAUGGGAAAAGUGUUGCUCGUGAAUAUCGGCAUCCUGGCCGUCUGCAUUGUGCUCGACCCAUACUUCCUGCAACAAAGCAUCAAUGAGACCCGGGUGAGAGCCGCUUUCGAACACAUCCCAGACCCCCAGGCCAGGCUUCCUCCUACAAUGCUGUUGACUUUGGACGCCAUCUUGCUGCCGAUGCUGCACUUCCUCGCAGAGUGUGGUCCACUGUACUACAGGCACAACUUGCACAGCACGUCAUAUUGUGAGGUGGAGCAGGUGUUGGCACAUCUGGGCAUUCCACUCGACACCGACAUCACCUCGGACGGUAUCGGCGUCUCGCGCCUUGGCCGAAGCUUCUGCCAUGGCCUGAUGCCCUCGAAAUCACCACACAAACCCUUAUCGCCACCAGUCCGUCUCUACGCCGACCAGCUUCUACAUCUUCGCUCGCACUUUGCCUCCGCCAUCAACUCAGCUCAGUACUAUCUCCUGCCCCUCCUCGAUCGACUGCAUACCGAUACAGUCACCGUCCACCGAUCACUCUCCGCCAUCGACCCAGAAACUCUCAACAUCUUCGACAAAGCAUUCACGAAUUCCUGUCCACCUACUUCAUCCCCACUCCUCAUGUACUACUGGCCCGGCCCUGCACGCCACUACUGCGAUCUUCUCCGAACCUUUGUCUACCCCCGAACAGCAUUCUCCUGGAUUCAACUUCUCCUCGGCAACUCGACGUGGAAACUUCGAAGCAUCUACCACCAAGCCGCUACUCUCCGCAGCCGCCUGAAAAUCGCCUCUCAAGAUCUCGACUCUGCACUCCAAACUUCCAUCGCACUUUCCGAUGACGUAUACACCACGAUUUCCAAUCUAAAACCACUUCCCACCCUCAUCCCCUCCUCUGCCACAAAUCCUUCUCAUCUCGACGCUGCAUCCAUGGUAGCAGAGAAUCGCAAGGUCCUCUCAGAAUUGGAAAAACUCGAGUUGCGAGCGGAUCAAACGCGGGCAUUGAUGCGCGGGAGGGACGUUCUCGUAGAUUCCGUGGAGCGAAUGCUGCGUGUACAGAUCCGCGGUGUGGGAAGAGGAGAGAGGAACCUCACCUCCCUCGCUUUCGACACGGCACAUUUCGCUCACGGACUCCUGGCACAAGCGAGUUUGAUUUACGACGUCUGGGUGCAGCGCGGUCGACCGAUCAGAGAUGUUUCCCGAGGCUGGAUGCCGCAGGAAUUCCUUCCGUGUGAGGAUCGGUUGGAGGAGGCGAAGGUGCAGAUUCGGCUUCAGAGGGGGAAGGCGGCGCUUCCGGAGAAGAAUGAGGAAGAGUGUGACGAUGAAUGUGUUGCAAACAAAUCAAUCACCAUCUGA